AUGUCUUCCUUCAGCUUCCUGAACCAGUCUCCUGAUAUUGAGCAAUUGGAGGCAGAGGAGCACACUAGGGAGACGCAGAUUGAAUUAUGUUUUCAAUUGUUUCAAGAUGCACUUGAGCGAUUAAAGGACGAUAAGUUUGGUGACGCUAACGACUUAUUUGAGAAGCUUAUGUCACAGGAGGUAAUCAAACCAGAUAAAUGGGGACUUUAUGCAUAUAGUUCUUCAAUUGUCGAUAAUCUAAGGUAUCUGGCUUACAGAAACAGAGGAUUCUUUUAUUAUAAAUUCCUAAUGAAUCAAUAUAGCGAAAGUAUGAGCUCAGAAGAUGUAGUAGAUAAUAUUCUAAAGAUAGUGGAAAACCUUUUGGAGUCAUUAAGACAUAGUGAGGCAGAUUAUAAUGUGAUCGAAGUACUUGUGCAAAUAUUUGAGAGUUUUAAAAGCAAAAGACUACAAAAAUUAUUGUUAGAGAACGAGUUUAUGAAUAAUGAUUCUCAUUUGCUGUUCUCUGGAAGAAAACGAACUAAUAUUUUACCUCAAUUAAAAGUCCUUAUAUCACAAUACAUCAAUCUCCUAAAAGACUUGCAUGCAUCCUCAGUAUUAGAGAAGAAAAUCAUUUGCAAUGGCCAAGCAAAAAAUACUUCACAUUUGCCAAGGACCAAUGUGAAGUUCAAGAACAUUUUGGAGCAACUAAACAAACUGAGAACUGAGGAUGAUGAACUUAUUAAAAGUCUAGAUAUUCACGAUAUCGAACUUGAUAACUACGAUUGGACCUCCCUGUUGAGGUCUUUGCGGGAAACACUACCUACUGUAAAAUCAUUAGCAUUAUUUGGAAGGAACUCAGAUCCUUAUGCCGAAACAGAAACACCAAUUGAAGCUGUAAAGGUUAUAGUAAAAGAAGAGGUUGUAAUUGAUAAAAUCCAUGACAAUAGCAACAACGAAAAUGAAGUUACAGAAGAAAAGGAAAUAACUGAUAACAAAGUAGUUACUACAAAUGGUAAUAAUAGAAAGAGAAGUAUAACUGAAAUAGAAACGAAGCAUGCACAGAGGAGUAGUAAGCGCUUUAGAGAUCGUGAUUCAAGCGCCGCUGAUAGCGAGACGCCCAUGACAUUCGAACCAAUGUUUUACUCGUAUACGAAAAUACUCUCCCUAUUGGGGUGCAAGGCUCCUUAUGAUUAUGAAGCCAUUUAUCCUGAUUUGAUGGAAGUCAAAGCGAAUGAUAUUAUCUAUGCUGACUUUCUAGCAUGCCUGAAGGAAUGGUCGCACUGGCACACCGAUUGCCUUUCAUCUCAAAAUGAAAAAGAAAUUAAAACAAAAAAGGUUGAAUCCAGCACAGACGUUUCAUUGAGCCAUUUCAAGACCUUAUUGAACUCUAAAAAUUUUCAAAAAUCUGAUGACCAUAUUCCAGAAAUCAGCCAAACCUCUUUAAGAAGGUUUUUGGAUAAGGUUAAUAGACAGCAAUGUCAUUUCCACGAAUUAAGAUUUAAGCUAAUUUGGUUCCUUUUCGAUAAUCAGAAUGGAGACCGACUACUAACAUCCACGAGAUGGACCAAACAGAUGUAUAGGGAUGUCGAAUGGAUUACAUUGAGUAUAGAAAAAAACAUCUUUUCCUUUAUUCAAUCUGAUAUUGCUAAAUAUAGACAUGUUGCUUUAUCAAUUUUUGAAACAUUGAUUAAUAGCUUAGUGGAGUUAUGUGAGGAAAUAAACAGCAAGCUAUCACUAGGCCAGAAGGCUAAUGACCAAAAAACUCAAAAAGUCAAGAUUGAAAAAAAAAUUACAAAAUGGAACUCAAUUAUUGCUCAGGUGGAAACCACUGAUAGAGAUUGGACAGUGAGAUAUUUGUGGGCAUACUAUACUCUUAUUCAGUGUACAUCUGAUAUUCAAAAUUGUCUAUUAUCUAACAUUCUGGAAAAAGUCCACCAAAUUUUGAUGAAGGACAACUCAAGUACGGUAUAUCUAUAUCCAAAUGCUGAUUUUAUUUCAAGUUUUGAUUUGUCUUUCGUAGAUACACAAUUGAAGAAAUUGAAAAUGAUAAAAAAACUGGUUAACGUUGAUAAACACUCAGAGUCAGAUAAGAGUGAGGAUAAUAACUCCCAAUUUAUAAUGUUGGAGAACGUACUUUUAUCAACAAUAUCAGAAAAUCAUGCAGUUGGAGGAGAUGAUGAUGAUAUGAUAGAUUUUUUUAUGUCGGCCCCAUUUAUGCUUAAGUUCAAGCUAUGGGAAUUAAUUUACAUGAAAUACGUAAAAAAAAAUGAUAUUGAGAAGACAACACUAAUAUAUGGGAUUAUGCUAAAACUGUUAGUUGAUACUCUUGAAUGCAAAACUUAUCGGACCUUGGGACCCAAAAAAAGACAGGAGCGUCUUCUCAUAAUGAUGUCAUGUUUGAAAGAUAUAACCCAUAACUGUAUUGAAGUUUUGAAAAACAAUGCUUGGCUUCAAAAAAAGCUGUCUUGGUAUGAUGAUACUACUUCCCAACUUGUAUUUAUUUUUUUUAUUUUGUUUCCAAUGCUUCCAGUUAAUACCCCUAACAAACUUAGCGGCACGCAAACAUUUUUUCAAAAGGCUACAAAAUCUUCUAAAACAAUUAAAUCAAUAUUUGUUGAUAUACUAACUCUUUUGUUGUUUCAUCUCAAUAUUGGUUUAAAGAGUAAGAUUUCAUCAGAGCCUGAACUAGAAAACAGUAUUAUUGAUUUGGUGUCAACUACUCACAUAUCAAUUUCUUUCUAUAAUUUUUGUGAUUAUGCUUCUGGGAACUUUUUACAAAUUGCAGAGAACUUGAUCUGUCAAUUCACUAACGAGGAGGCGUUUACUCAAUUAAAACAAAUUAUGUGGUGUAAAUAUCACUACCAAUUAUCAGGGGAUUCUUCAAUUGUGAGUCAACAUAAGACUAAGGCAAUGGAGAUGUCUAAAAUGGUCUCUUUGCCCCUGGGUAUAUAUUUGGUUAAAUUGCAAUAUCAAGAUAAACACCCCUAUAUCAAUAGCGCCAAAAUAGCUUCAAAGCAAAUUUUGGAUAAUAUUGUUGAAACUUUUGGAGAUUUAUCAUCCCAAGAUAAUUACAUUAUCAUGAGGAACUUGCAUGCAUUUAAUGGAUAUUUGAGAAGCAAUAUAACAUCUAAACUUUUUCAGUCAUGUUUUGAAGGCAAAGAUAAGGUUGAUUUAAAAAAUCCAAAUGAUGAAUUUCAAAAAGCAAUGGAUGCAGGGGUAUUUUACGUAUCUGGUAUACAGGCUUUAAACCUCUAUAAAAUAAGAAAACGGUCAGUCCAAGCCAGGCCAUCAGAGCUUGAUGCAAUUAUAACUAUGUUCAAAAAUGAUAUCUUAUACAAUACCAAAAGGUUUGAGAGUUGGUACUUACUUGGAAAAUGUUACAGUUACAUAGUGGAGGAUGACUUAUUAUGGACAGCAGAUAAAAUAUCAUCUUCAGAGAAGAAAGCUGUUAUAGCAACCACACAGAAAAGAGCAAUACUUUGCUACGCGAUGUCUCUAACACUGUUUUUUGAAAAUGAAACCACACGAACCGUUGAUGAGCAGAUAGUUAUUGUAGAAUGCCUUGAAUCUUUGGCUAACGAGCUAAUGAUUGCAGUAUACAAGCCAAUGGAGGCUUUGUGCUUUGACACUAAUCUAUCGAGCUUAGUUGUUUCGUCAAGUAACCCGGCAACUAGUUCUGAAAUUGAAAAAUCAUCAGUCGCACCCAUAUAUUCUAUUACUGAUAGUUCAAUUGAAGAUACAAUGAUUAAGUGUUUGACACUCGCAAAUAGAUAUCAAGAAAGCCUUCUUGAAGCAGGGAAAUUGGAUCGUUUGAAUUGGUUCAACUUCUAUUCUAUAGCCAUCGUUUAUUCUACAGAGAAGUUGGAUAGAAAAGGGGAUAUGAUUGAUAACAUGUCAAAGGCAUGUGAACUGGCUAAUAAGUAUACCUCUGUGAAAGAUUCGGUUGUGGAACCUCAUGUGGCCUUGAUUCAUAUGCUUUACAAACUUUAUAUUGAAGGGAAAGUAACUAUGGAAGAUACUCUCUCAACUCUUAAAAGGGACAAAUUCUUUGAAGGUUUUGAUGAUGACUUUUGGAUCCUAGAUGUUUCUCUGACUCAAGACUAUCAAAAACGUGAAUUUUUCUCGAAACUGAUUGAGUUGCUAAAAUAUGUCAUAUCGAAGGAUAAGAAAAAAUGGCAGCACGAACCAUAUUUUUAUAUUGCUGAGAUUUUAUUUAUGGAGAUGAAAGACGUAGAGAAAUCUAGGGAAUGGAUGGAUAAUAUUAUAUCCAUUAGAUCAGUCAACAAAAAUUUGGUUAAUAUUUGGAAACCAGAUUAUGAACGGCCAGGGAAGCACUUUGUUUUUACCCACAAUUACGUGAUGUUCUACUUAGAGUUACUGAAAUAUGACAAGGAUGCCCAAUCGAUAGGUCUAUUAACCAAGAAGUUAAGGAGGUUUAGUUCCGGUAUGGCUUAUAUCGGUAAAGCAAAUGAUGUUGCUACGUCGUACUUCAUUGAGUGUGUUACCAAGAAGUAUUUGCUUCAUGAUAAAGUUUAUACAGAGUCCUAUAUGGGCAACAUCAACUAUAAUGACUUUGUGAAAUAUAGUCAGGAGAUUGUUGAUAAUUCAAAAGCAGCAGAUAUCGCUGAAGACAUUUUAGAGGUACUGAAAAUUGCAUACCAACUUAAGAAGGGCACCAAUAGUGUGGUCUAUGACACUGUAUGUUUGUCAUUGUUUUUCCAGUAUAUCUACGAGCCAUAUAGGAAAGAACAUCCCGAGACAGAGCCUCAAUUGGUGUCAGACUCCGAAAACAAGUCUAACAUCAGAAAGAAAGUAAGUAAGAAGGAUGCAUUCGACAAAAUUAGAGCAUUGGUUGAUAAGUUGCCAUGA